UUGAUUGGACAGUAAAUGUGUCACACGGCUGACGCCGCAUCUGUAUAUUGCGCAAAGAAACGAAACCAAAAAUGCUUCACAUGGAAAAACAAAAGAGAAAUUGACAUUCAAAAUAGAGGGCGAUCAUAAUUUACUGUUUCUCAAACUCGCAUGAGGGACAGCGGAAUUGCCCCUGUAAUCUUUUUGCUUUUUAUGAAAUGGCGGGAGGUACAAGGCAUCAGAAGGGAUAGUGCCUGACUGGAGUUUUAGGGGAUGGCCCACUUUGACACAGAGUACCAGCGCCUGGAGGCGUCCUAUAGUGACUCACCUCCAGGAGAAGAGAAUCUGCUGGUGCAUGUUCCAGAGGGAUCCAAAUCUCCAUGGCACCACAUUGAAAAUCUGGACCUGUUCUUCCAAAGAGUCUAUAAUCUACACCAGAAGAAUGGAUUUACUUGUAUGCUCCUGGGUGAAAUAUUUGAGCUUGUGCAACUGGUGUUUGUGGUGGCAUUCACAGUGUUCCUGGGUAACUGCGUGGACUAUGACAUACUCUUUGCAAACAAGUUUGUUAAUCACACCGAUUCGUCAAAGGUUACACUCCCAGAUGCCUUUCUUCCAGUGGAUGUGUGCAGUGCUCGGAUCCGGAACAACGUUUUGGUCAUAUUCAUCAUUAUCAUAUCAGGGGUCUUUUGGCUCCAUCGUCUUGUCAAGUUUUUCUACAACAUCUGUUGCUACUGGGAGAUCCGUUCGUUCUAUAUCAAUGCCCUAAAAAUCACCACGACAGACCUUCCAUAUUUCACCUGGCAGGAGGUGCAAGCACGGAUUGUGGAGAUUCAGAAAGAACAUCAGAUUUGCAUCCACAAAAAAGAACUGACAGAGCUCGAUAUUUAUCACCGAAUACUGCGUUUUAAGAACUACAUGGUUGCUAUGGUCAAUAAGUCACUUUUACCCAUACGUUUUCAGUUACCUCUGUUGGGCAACACGGUUUUCUACACCCGUGGCCUCAAGUACAACUUUGAGCUGAUUUUCUUCUGGGGCCCUGGAUCUCUUUUUGAGAACGAGUGGAGUCUGAAGCCAGAGUACAAACGUGGAGGAAACCGUUUGGAGCUGGCGGAUCGUCUAAGCUCAAGGAUUUUGUGGAUCGGAAUUGCCAACCUUCUCCUGUGUCCAGUCAUUUUAAUUUGGCAGAUUCUCUACGCGUUCUUCAGCUACACCGAGGUGAUCAAGCGCGAGCCGGGAAGUCUGGGCGCUCGAUGCUGGUCCUUGUAUGGCCGGUUUUACCUCAGACACUUUAACGAACUGGACCAUGAGCUGAUGUCACGCCUCAGCAAGGGCUACAAGGCCUCCUCCAAGUACAUGAACUGCUUCAUGUCACCAUUACUCACAGUGGUGGCCAAAAACGUGGCAUUCUUUGCUGGAUCCAUACUUGCGGUACUGAUCGCUCUGACCAUUUAUGAUGAAGACGUACUGGCCGUGGAGCAUGUGCUAAGCAGUAUAACAUUACUUGGAGUGUGCAUCACAGUCUGCAGGUCUUUUAUCCCAGAUAAGCAUAUGGUGUUCUGUCCAGAGCAGCUGCUUAAAGUGAUCCUGGCACAUGUCCACUACAUGCCUGAUCACUGGCAGGGUAACGCCCACCGCUACGAGACCAGAGAUGAGUUUGCGCAGCUCUUUCAGUACAAGGCUGUAUUCAUUCUGGAAGAGCUGCUGAGUCCUGUCAUCACUCCCUUCAUUCUCAUUUUUUGCCUGCGGCGUAAAUCUUUGGAGAUCAUCGAUUUCUUCAGAAACUUUACUGUGGAUGUGGUCGGCGUGGGCGACACCUGUUCUUUUGCACAGAUGGACGUCCGUCAACAUGGUCAUCCGGCGUGGAUGUCUGCUGGGAAAACAGAGGCGUCCAUCUAUCAGCAAGCAGAGGAUGGGAAGACAGAAUUGUCGCUCAUGCACUUUGCUAUCACAAACCCACACUGGCAACCCCCUCGAGAGAGCACCCAUUUCAUCAGCCAGCUGAAAGAGAAGGUGCAAAGAGAAGCCACUGGGGGGCAGCAGGGAAUCAUACCAGAAAAUCCUAUCUUCGCCUCAACUCACUCAAUACAGUCUGAUUCAGAGCCUCGCAGUCUUAUAGCGAAUCUUCUGAUGGGACCCCCCUCUCUGUCCUCACUACAUCUGGGUCGAGACGGCGUCAUCAAUCCUGUAUCCAUUGGAGUGAGUGAGGGGGCAUCCGCCCUCCGAUCUCUCUCUCCCAUCAGUGCUAGUAUACAUCUGCGGGGCAGCUACCCAUCUGCCAGGCUCCCACGACCUGACCAUCCAGCUGUAGGGGCCGGGAGGGCCAUGACAGGCUCAGGCACGGAUGCCCGUACUAUCAGCUCUGGCAGUAGUGCCUGGGAAGGUCAGCUGACCAGUAUGGUCUUAUCAGAAUAUGCCUCCACAGAGAUGAGCAUUCAUGCUCUUUUCAUGCACGAGAUGCAUAAGCAGCAGUCUCGCGGUGAGCUAUCUCGACACACCUGGCACCGGCAGGAAAGUGAUGAGAGCUGCGAGAGUGUCAAUGAAGACUUGGAGUCGACACGCAACUUUCCCCGUUCCAGCACUUUCCCUUGUACCUCCACCUCACACCAGGAAGGGGCGGCACAGCAGAGCAGAGAUUUUAUUUCCGGAAGCUCUCGAGUCCAAAGGACACCUCGCAUGCCCAUGGGAGGAUGGUCUGAGGAGACGCAAAUGGGCCGGCAGCACGCCCCAGUGCCCGAAGAGGGGCCUGAGGAGGAGCUACCACCUCAGAUCCAUAAGGUGUAACCUACAACCGACAGGUACAUCAUGGAUGAAGAGAAAGUCAUAGGAUCCAUUUACUUUUGGACACUGACCACAAGUUAUAUUUAUUUACUCUUGGACAGCACUGAACAGUUCAGACAUUGUCACACUGUGACAUCAUGUUAGAUUUGAUCUUAAACGGGAUUUGUACUUUAAUCCACUACACUGGAUUACAUCAUCAGAUACCUAAAUCAUCAUCAAACUAAGCAAUCACAAAACUGACAGAUUCUGUAAAAUAAUUUUAUUUGUAAAGAUUUACUAAUAGUUUUUUUUUUUGUCCUUUUAAGAAGGUUUUUGGCUUUUCAUUGUAAUUCGAAAAGUCUGUUUACAAACUGGAAUAUUAAGCGGGGGUGUUGACAUUACUUUCCCAAAAGGAACAUUGAGUGCAAUGUCAAAUCCAGGUUAUUAGUUGGUGUUUAUUUAACCUUCACAUUAUAGUUCUCUUGUCAAAACUGAUCUGUGUUAUUGUAGGAAAUGAAUUAUAAUAUGCAAUGUGCCAUUACGAGCUUCAAAGCUGUGCAAAAUAAGAUUUUAUUUUCAGAAAUAGAUUUUUAUGACUAAGGGUCGUUGAAGCACUGAUAAAAAUGGCGCAUGCUCUCUCUUUGUCUCUUAUGUUAUUUUUUGCACAAUAUUAAAUAAGAAUGCACUUUAUCUUUUAGUAAACCAAAGGAUGGUUUAAAGGCAGUGGGCUAAUUGGAUAUAAUUUGGUCUUUUAUAAACAUACUGUUUUAGAUUCAGUAUUUUGUGUGUUUAGAGCAAAAUCCCAACGUUUGUUAAUAACAGUUCAGUUAGCACCCUUGGCUCAGGUGCAUAAAAUAAAAUGUCUGAUGAGACUAGAUGUGGAUGUGUAUUGGGUUAUUUUUUUAGAUAUCUCAGGACUGUCUUGUUUUUACUGACGUUGUCCAAAAAGCAUGCGAAACGUGCAGGUCUCUGCACACUCCAUUUUCACAAUCUGCUAAGGGGAAGUAUAGACAAAACUUUGUGUAACUUGUAUGUUACUUGUGUGAAUCUUAUUUAUAGAACAGCAUUAUACUAUAAAAAGGCAAAAUGUGACUGAACAUCUUUCAUAUUGCUCGCAUGCAUCAUGCUUGUGUAGAGAGUGUAUAAUGUGCAUGACUUUGAAUCAGUAUGUGCUGGUAAUAAAUAAUGGCCUGCAAAAAGCUUCUGUGACCUUAACUUACUCAUCAGCAGCUGUGCAUUUUCCAUAAUGUUCUUUCAUCAUUAUCAUCAUUUUGAGUUUUCUAUAGUGUGUUGUAUAUUUGCAUCUUGUACAGUUGUAAAUUCAUCAAUAAAAUGUAUUUAAUAGUUUGUGUAUUUUAUGGGUUAGUUCACCCAAAAAUAAAAAUUAUUUACGCUUAAAUAUAA